UGAUGACUAGCUGCUUUCUCUCUAGUCUUUCACUGCUAAAUUAAGGACAGCUAGCACAGAGAGCCCUUGUGUAGCUUUGCUCGAAAUUCAAAACAAACAAGCAGAGAAAGAAUUAAUGCUCGUUCAUUCAUCUAAUACAAGUACAGUAAAAUUACUCAAUAGAGGGCAAACUUGGGUUACAGAAUCGGUUGAAGUAUCAAAAUUUCUGCGCUAACUGCACAUGCGCUUUGUAUUUUUUUAGAAGUUUACGAACAACGCUGUAAAAGAUUUGCGGAACAGAAGGAGGGAAGAAUGAUGGCUGCAAAUAAGUUUCGCAUUGCUUUGAUACAGCUUGCUGUUAGUGCAAACAAGCAACAUAAUCUUCAGCGAGCUGCUUGCUUAAUCUCUGAAGCUUCCAAAGAAGGUGCAAAAAUCAUAUGCUUGCCAGAAGGAUUUAAUUCUCCAUAUGGAGUGGAGUAUUUUGAGAAAUAUCAGGAGUCAAUUCCUGGGGAAACAAGCAAGAUGCUUGAAAAGGCUGCCAAAGAAAAUUAUGUCUAUCUAAUUGGAGGUUCUUUCCCAGAACUGGAUUCAGGAAAACUUUACAACACAUCUUUGUCUUUUGGACCAGAUGGAAGACUUUUAGGCAAGCACAGGAAGGUUCACCUCUUUGACAUUGAUAUUCCAGGUAGAAUUACUAUACGAGAAUCUGAAGCAAUGAAUCCAGGAAAUUCACUCACUAUUAUUCAGACUGAUUUGUGUAAAAUAGGAGUUGGUAUCUGCUAUGAUAUUCGUUUUGCGGCAAUGGCAAUGGUGUAUGCCAAAAAAGGUAAGAAAUUGCUAUCUACCCAA